AUGCGGCGUUUCCAGCUGUUGUUAGUACUGGUUCAAGUCCUGGCAACUGGGGUGCUGGGGAUAGAAACGACGAGUAUCCUCAGCGAAUUAAAGAAUCUUCCCGCUUGUGGUGUAGGUUGCUCAGAGAAAGCUGGCCAAUAUGCUAAUCAUCGUCAAAUCCAGACAAACUGCUUCACUUCCGUUAUAAACAAUAACCCCUGCGAUAUAUUCAACGCCACUUGUAUUUGUACCGACACGACCUUCCACGAUGCUGCGCAGAACUGUAUCACGUCUAAUUGCCCUGCUCAGGAGGCUCUGACACAACGGAAACUGAUUGAAACCCCGCCAAAAGACGUCAGCAAGGUUGAAGCGAGAGUUUGCGAGCGGCCGUACCGAACACGUAAAUAUGUAUUAUUUAUACCUAUGAUGGUUGAAGGCCCGUGGUGGUUUUGUCCCUGGAUCCGAUUAUACUCGAGGUGGCUCACUUUGGGGUGA